UGAAAUGGUAGACAGGUCUUCUAGCAGCCCCCGAGAGAGCAGGUGGUUCCUUCUCUGGGUAGGUCGGGCGUGUCCCGUUUCAGAUCUGCGUGUGAAGGACGCGGGGCGGCUGCGGCCGUGUUCGUGCCACACGGGGCCACGCGCGGGGCACCCGCCUUCGGAACAAGCCGUGAGCUCCGGGCAGGCACUGCUCACCCCGUGCCCCUUCCUGCACUGCCUUUCCCUUCACUCCUUUGAAACACAAACAAAAAACCUUCCUGCUUUAUUUAUAAAUGCGUGUUUUUAUACUUUCGGCUAUAGGUAAAAUAAUACUUUGUCUUUUUUUUAAUUAUUAUUUGGGAAACGAAUUAAAAAUUCCUUUUGUUGGUUGGUUUUUGUUGUUGUUGUUGUUUUGGGGUUUUUUCUUUCUUAUUUUUUUCCUUUUUUUUUUUUUUUUUUUUUUUUGCACUGUGAGGCUCCCCGGGAGCUGUUUUUAACUCUGUAUCCAUUUGUACUUGGUGUCUUAAACUGUUUCAAUAAAAACGUGACCAUUUGUUACCGAGCUGCGCGGCUCACUCGGGACCCGCGCCCGCGGUUCGGUUUCCGGGGGAAGGGGCGGGCGCGGGCGGGGCCGGGCCGUGCAUGGCGGAGGGCGCGGCGCUGCGGGCCGUGAGGGGCUGCCUGGCCGCCUUCCCGCGGGAGGCCCGCGAGCUGGGCUGGCCGGAGUCCGUACCCUAUCUUGAUAGGCCUCCGUCCCCGCUGGAGUUCUAUCGAGAGUGGGUGAGUCCCAAUAAACCCUGUGUAAUUCGCAACGCCAUCAGCCACUGGCCGGCUCUGAAGAAAUGGACCUCAGCGUACCUCAGGGAGGUGGUAGGUCCCAAGGUGGUGAGUGUGGCAGUGACACCAAAUGGUUAUGCAGAUGCAGUGUUUCAGGACCGUUUUGUCAUGCCAGAGGAGCGCCAAAUGCCUUUCAUGGACUUCCUGGACAUUGUGGAGAAGAAAGUGACCUCUCCCAACGUAUUCUAUGUGCAGAAGCAGUGCUCAAACCUCACUGAGGAGUUCCCUGAACUUGUCUGUGAUGUGCAGCCUGACAUACCAUGGAUGAGCGAGGCACUGGGGAAGAAGCCUGAUGCUGUGAAUUUCUGGCUUGGGGAGUCAGCUGCUGUGACAUCUUUACAUAAAGAUCAUUAUGAGAACUUGUACUGUGUAGUGUCUGGAGAGAAAUAUUUUCUACUGCAUCCACCAAGUGACCGUCCCUUCAUCCCAUAUGAGCUCUAUCAGCCAGCAACCUACCACAUAUCAGAAGAUGGUUCAUUUGAAAUUGUGGAUGAGAAGAAUGCAGAGAAGGUGCCCUGGAUCCCUCUGGACCCCUUGAAACCAGAUCUAGAACUGUAUCCAGAGUAUGCUCAGGCAAAACCUUUGCAGUGUACAGUGAAAGCUGGUGAGAUGUUAUAUCUGCCUUCUCUCUGGUUCCAUCAUGUUCAGCAAUCUCAUGGCUGCAUUGCAGUGAAUUAUUGGUAUGACAUGGAAUAUGACAUUAAGUACAGCUAUUAUCAACUACUAGAUUGUCUCACAAAAGCUGUGAAAAUGCUAUAGCAAAGGUGGGAGACUCGAGCCUGUGAUGAGCCUGUGAUGUCUGUUUCUGAUGUGAUGCAAUCAUCAGCGUCUGUGACUGGAGUACAAACGUGAUUCCUGAAAAAGGAUCUGAACAUUAAAUUAUGGUCAACAAUGCCUGCUGAACACAUCAUGGCCAUUUUUCUUGAUUUCAGAGUCCAGAGCAAUUGGUCGGAUUUUUUGGCCUAUAAGUAGAACUUUGAUUUUUAGGCCUUUGCAUGUUGCCUUGGUGAUGGUGAGAAAAAUAGAAUGUGAAUGGAGACAAUCCAGGUUUUGAAAAUCCCAAACCAGAAGCCCUGACUGUUCAGAUCUACAGAUGGUUUUCAUUACAACCCAAGUGGACAAGGAAGGAUCUGCUCUAUGCAUCAGGCUGCAACAGUCCAAUGUAUGCAUUCUGCUUAAGGCAAAAGUCUGUCCUGUUGUAAUUCUUUAAGUUCAGUGGCUGUGAUGUUUUGAUGGUGAGAAGCUACAAUUUCUGCAAUAAAUAGGUCAGUUUAAAGCUUAUUUCUGUACUAAUUUACUUUUUUCCCUAAGUAAACAAUGGCUGAAGGACAUCUAGGGGGACAUGCAAAAGUCAAUGUUGGCUAUUUUCCAAUAAAAAGCUACACAUUUUUA